GCGCAGCGUCCUUUUGCCUGGCUUUCCCUGUUCUUCCCGCAUGCGCAGUUGCUGUAUGUGAAGUCUGGGAUACUCCCGCGUCAGUGUCUUGACAUUCCGUGCAGGGAGAAGGAACAUUAUUGUACCGAAACUGCAAAAGUAACGAGACUGUCUGCUGGCUAUACAAGAUUCAUAAAUAUUGAAUACAAGCUGGUCCUGUGAUCCUGGAGACUGCUAGCUACAAUGGGAUUUAUUUGCCUAGAUUACUGGACAAACAUUCAGAAAUAAAGCCACGUGCAAAAGUGCUUGUAUAGCAGCCAUGACCACUUCUCAUGUGAAUGGUCAUGUAGCAGAAGAUUCUGAUAGUGAGAAGCACAGUGCAGAGCUUUCUCCAGAAGAGCCUCAGAAGCACAGAGAGAUGGCAGUAGAUUGCCCUGGGGACUUGGGUACACGGGCAAUGCCCAUACGUCGAAGUGCACAGCUUGAACGAAUUCGGCAGCAGCAGGAAGACAUGCGCCGUAGACGUGAGGAAGAAGGAAAGAAACAGGAUCUGGAUGUUAAUUCUUCAAUGAGACUUAAGAAAUUGGCACAAACAUUUCCUAAAACUGGAAUAGAUAACCCUAUUUUUGACACUGAUGAAGGACUUGUUCUGGAAAGUCCCAGUCGUGCUGUAAAAGUAUUGGAAGUGGAAGAUCUGCUGUGUUCAUUGAAAGAGAUCCAACACACGCUGGUAGAUUCACAGAGCCAGGAAGAUUUAUUUUUACUUCUACAACUAGUGCAAAAUAAAGACUUUCAGAAUGCAUUUAGGAUUCACAAUGCUGUUGCUGUCCACAUGAACAAAGCUAGCCCACCAUAUCCACUUAUUCCAAAUGCCCAGGAGUUAACACAAGAGGUACAGCAUGUUCUUAAGUCAGGCCAUCAGAAAGAAUGUCAAGAACUUAAUGAUUUACUAAGCACACCACACAUUCAGGCUCUCCUUUUGGCGCAUGACAAAGUGGCAGAGCAGGAAAUGAUGCCGGAGUCCAUUUCUGAAGAUGCGUUUUAUGAAAACAUUGGGCAAUAUGGAGAUGAAAUGGUUAAACUUGUAAGAAUAGAGAAGGCAAAAGAUAUACCACUGGGUGCCACAGUACGGAAUGAGCUGGACUCUGUCAUCAUCAGCCGCAUAGUGAAAGGAGGGGCAGCAGAAAAGAGUGGACUUCUGCAUGAAGGAGAUGAAAUUUUAGAAAUAAAUGGUAUUGAAAUUCGAGGAAAAGAUGUCAAUGAUGUAUUUGAGCUACUGGCUGAAAUGCAUGGGGCACUAUCUUUUGUACUCAUUCCAAGUCAGCAGUCAAAGCCUCCACCAGCAAGGGAAACUGUGAUACAUGUGAAAGCACAUUUUGACUAUGACCCUACUGAUGACCCAUAUGUGCCAUGCCGAGAACUCGGUCUAUCGUUCCAGAAAGGAGAUAUUCUUCAUAUCAUCAGCCAGGAUGACCCCAAUUGGUGGCAGGCUUACAGGGAUGGAGAUGAAGAUAAUCAGCCUCUUGCAGGGCUUGUACCAGGGAAAAGUUUCCAACAGCAGAGGGAAGCGAUGAAGCAGACAAUAGAAGAGGAUAAGGAGCCUGAAAAAUCAGGAAAACUGUGGUGUGCAAAGAAGAACAAAAAAAAGAGAAAAAAAGUGUUAUACAAUGCUAACAAAAAUGACGAUUACGAUAAUGAGGAAAUCUUAACAUAUGAAGAAAUGUCCCUUUACCACCAACCAGCGAACAGAAAGCGACCCAUAGUUCUUAUAGGACCACAAAAUUGUGGGCAAAAUGAGCUGCGGUUGCGCUUGUUGAACAGUGAGGCUGAUCGUUUUGGCACUGCUGUACCUCAUACUUCUCGAAGUCGGAGAGAUAAUGAAGUGGCAAGUCGUGAUUAUCACUUUGUUUCGAGGCAGACAUUUGAAUCUGACAUCAUUGCUGGAAAAUUCAUUGAGCAUGGGGAAUUUGAGAAAAACCUUUAUGGCACCAGUGUUGAUUCAGUGAGACAAGUUAUUAAUUCUGGAAAGAUUUGCCUUUUGAGUCUUAGUACACAGGCUUUGAAAUCAUUGCGUAAUUCAGAUUUAAAGCCAUAUAUUAUAUUUAUUGCUCCACCUUCCCAGGAGAGAUUGCGUGCAUUACUUGCUAAGGAAGGCAGAAAUCCAAAGCCAGAGGAACUAAGAGACAUAAUUGAAAAAGCAAGAGAAAUGGAGCAAAAUAAUGGGCAUUACUUUGACACAGCCAUUGUAAAUACUGACCUAGACAAGGCUUAUCAGGAAUUACUUCGGAUAAUCAAUAAAUUGGACACAGAGCCUCAGUGGGUUCCAUCUUCCUGGUUGCGAUGAAAAAACAAAAAGAUGUGUUCCAAAAUCGGCAGUCAAGGGAAGUUGCAGCGCAUGUUGAGAAGAAUAAAUACAUUUUUAUUCUAAAGGAUAUGUUUUAGCUGGGAUUCAAAAUGCAUUCGAGUGGAUUCCAAGCAUGUUGGCCAACCACCAGCUCAGACAUGGCCAACAUAUAUAGCUGUGCUGCCAGUACCCAAGAACUGGUAUAAAUUUGCCUACAAUUUGUGAACAGAUCAUUUGUUGAAAAGGAAUAUAAUGCCUGUGUACAUUCAAUGAUGAAUAGGGCUUGGCUGCUGUGUGUUUGGUAUAUAGAAAAUGUACAUAACCAGUCACUGCCAUGAAAGAACGCUCUCUAAUCUUUUCUCUGUAGGAUCCAAACUCAGAUUAUCCACUGGUAGUGUCUAACAAAAAUAUGUUUCCAACCUCCAUGGGAUUGGUUGGUCAGCUGGUUCGUAAUAAUGUUAAAGAAACAAGCACAUAUCCUGUCUGCUCUACUAGCUGAUCCCAAGUGGUUUGUGAAUAUUAUAGUGUGGCAUUAUAUUCACACUUAUGAUAAGAAAAAACACUUUUUAAAGAAGUCACUGGGAUUUUCUUAUAACUGGAUGUACAUAAAAAAACAUUAUAGAUUGUGUUUUAGCAAUGUGAUUUAGAAAUCUAAAUGGCAGAUCACAUGCUGGAGUGUACACGUUCUGCCACUAUUUUUAAAGAAGAGCAAAUUCUGUUUUUAAUGAUCUGUGACUUGAAAACAUUCCAUUUUAUAACAAAACUUCAUGCCAGCAGUAAAUUUUGUUUUACAGAUUAAAGAGAAUGUAAACUUUUUUUCUUGAAAUAAACUUGGGCUAUUCAGUUGCAGGUGAUGAACACUACAAUUGAUACCUUUCCACUGUCUUUUUAAGCCACAGGUAUGCUCAAAAAGACAAUUGUCAUCUCGGUGAUAAAAUUGCUCAGGCUUGGUAAUAGAUUUCAAAGAAACAUAUUCAAUUAAUUUAAAAAUUCUAAUAUUAAGGAAAUAUGCAUUUUUAAUGUAUAAAGGAAAGUGUUUUUCCAUAGCAACCAGUUGCAAUCUAUUCCUUUUGUAAUGCAGUUAAGCAGGCCAAGAUUCCAGCUGAUGGUUUUGGUCUACAGAAGCAUAAAUUAUAACAUAACUUUGUUUUGUUUUUAUCUAGCCCAUUUGAUUCAUAUUAAACAAAUACACCUUG